AUGAAUUUCCGUGAGAAGGUUCGACGAGUGUUUCGCCGGAGCAGUAGCUCCUCCUCGUCUAAUUCGAAGGGCAACGGCAUCAAGAUCGAAUAUUAUAAACGCCAUGAGAUUCCUCGCUCCAAAUUCAAGGGUCCCUUCGAUCGGGAACACCAACGACGCCUCGCAGCAUGGUCCUUCCAGGGAGCACAAGAAGAGCGACGCCGGUCUCUAGACUUAUCACUGUCCCCUUGUGCAUCGUUACCGGGUUACUUGAGACCUCCAUGUAAUGACGAGGAGGACCUCGCCCCGGAUCAGAUCCAAAUUGCUGCACCGGAGGUGGAUGUCACGGAUGCCUCGAUUUCCGUUAGCCAUGACGAGUACGCCCAAGGCCGCCAGGGAGACAGCAGCGGCUCGUCUUCCUCGACCGCAGUCGACCCGGAGAGCUACAGCGAGUCCAUUAUGACUCUCCUCCCCGACGAGCAUGAGGAUCCGAUCGCUCUGCUGAAAGAAUCCAUUCGAUACACGUCUCCCGUCGUACGGGCCAUAUCACCACCUCCAAUGUCGCCCAGGGGCUCGUAUAUGCCAUUCGCCCCGGAGGAUCUGACACGAGCGUUGAACGCCGUGCAGAUCUGCUACUAG